CUCAGUAUUGUCUGUUCAACAGUCUCCACCUGUCUGCUGCUGACGGCUGGACUAUGAAGUUCUUCAUAGAGGACACACCAGGGACCCCUGGACAGCGCACCCUGCUGGUGAGGCAGAGCAUCCCGGCCUGGCAGGAUGGGGUUGCCGUGGCGAUGCCUGCGGAGCUGUCCCGUGUGGUCACGGGCCAGGGAGCCGUGGUCAGACACAUGACAGACGGGUCCACCGAGGUGCUGUUUCCAGAUGGGGCGGUCUCCUUCAGCCCAGACUCUGGCCCCGUCUGGCCGCCGCUCUCUGAGCGCCAACAGGAAGAGGCUGAGGUGAACACUGCGGCAGACGGCUCCACCCCCCCCGGUCGAGGACGCUGGGUCACCACAGCCCCCUCGGGUGCCAGGGUCUGCACGGUGGGCAGCACCCAUGAACACAUCCCCACGGCCGCACUGCUCUCUGUGCACGCCACGGACCCCCUCAGCCAGGCUGUGAUGCUGACGCGACAGGACCGCGUGGUACAUGUUCAGGAACCGGACGGAACCCUGACUGUGGAACACGCAGAUGGAACCAGAAUCACCAGCUUCUACCAGGGGAAGAACUCCUACCAGGAGAGCUCCUACCAGGGGAAGAACUCCUACCAGGGUAAGAACUCCUACCAGGGGAAGAACUCCUACCAGGAGAGCUCCUACCCGGGUAAGAACUCCUACCAGUGGAAGAGCUCCUACCAGGAGAGCUCCUACCAGGGGGAAGAACUCCUACCAGAGGCCCCCUACCAGAAGGCCUCCUACCAGAAGGCCUCCUACCAGGGGAAGGCCUCCUACCAGAAGGCCUCCUACCAGGGGAAUGCCUCCUACCAGAAGGCCUCCUACCAGGGAAAGGCCUCCUACCAGAGGGCCUCCUACCAGAAGGCCUCCUACCAGGGGAAGGCCUCCUACCAGGGGAAGGCCUCCUACCAGAAGGCCUCCUACCAGGGGAAGGCCUCCUACCAGGGGAAGGCCUCCUACCAGAGGGCCUCCUACUAG